GCAGAUCUGAGAAGACUUGCCGAGCUGGCAGGACUCUCAGACUGUGGAUGAAACACCACCAGUGAAAUACAGAAGGAUAUAUCCAGAGAAGGGUGGUGGCUCCCACCAAGGAAUAGAUGAACAUGGCCUGGCAGAUGACACAGCUGCUGCUUCUGGUUUCGGUGGCUACUGCGUGGGGCGCCCAGUCCAGGACUCCAGGGGCCAGGAGAGACCUGCUCAAUGUCUGCACGGACGCCAAGCACCACAAGACAAAGCCGGGCCCUGAGGACAAGCUGCAUGACCAGUGCACUCCCUGGAGGAAGAACGCCUGCUGCUCACACAACACCAGCCAGGAGCUGCACAAGGACCCCUCCCUCUUGUAUAACUUUAACCUGGACCACUGCGGCAAGAUAGAGCCUGCCUGCCAGCGCCACUUCAUUCAGGACAACUGUCUGUACGAGUGCUCACCCAAUCUGGGGCCCUGGAUCCAGGAGGUGAACCAGAGCUGGCGCAAGGAACGCUUCCUGGACGUGCCCCUGUGCAAGGAGGACUGUCAGCAAUGGUGGGAGGACUGCCGCACCUCCUACACCUGCAAGAGCAACUGGCACAAGGGCUGGGACUGGAGCUCAGGAUCGAACAAGUGUCCAGCCGGAGCCACCUGUCGCACAUUUGAGACCUACUUUCCCACGCCCGCAGCCCUGUGUGAGGGCAUCUGGAGCCGCUCCCACAAACUCAGCAACUACAACUGAGGGAGCGGCCGCUGCAUCCAGAUGUGGUUCGACCCGGCCCAGGGCAACCCCAACGAGGAAGUGGCCAGGUUCUAUGCCUUGGCCAUGAGUGCUGGGGCCAUGUCCCAUGGGAUUGGGCUUCUCCUGCUCAAUUUGGUCCCUAUGCUGCACCUCUGGCUCCUCAGCUGAGUCCCUCCCACUGCCGACAUCUGGACAUCUUCCUUGACUGCACCCACCCUAGGUGACCCAGCCUCAGCCCAGCUCAGCAAUCUCAGAUAAAGGGGCCUCCCAAUGCCCUAGUAAUUAUGCUUCUUGAUCCAAGAUGGGUCAUAUGGGGUUC